AGAGAAAUUGGAGGAGGCAGAGAGAGAGAGGAGAGAGAGAGAGAGAAGGGGGAAAAAAAUUAAAAAACUAAAGCCCAAGCCUGGCAGGAGCAGCAGUGCUGGCGGGGAGGUGGGCUGAUAGGCUCGCCCCGAGGAAGCGCAUUACGUAGGCAAGCAGCUUCGCUCAACUUGCCACCUGCGUCGGGAGAGCGAGCCCCUGCGUGAGCCCCUCACCACCAUGGACUGCUGCAACGAGGGAGCCUGCACAAAGCUGGACGAGGACAUCCUGGACAUCCCCCUGGACGACCCCGACGCCAACGCGGCGGCGGCCAAGAUCCAGGCCAGCUUUCGUGGCCACAUGACCCGCAAGAAGAUCAAGGGGGGGGAGAUGGACCGGAAAACCAAGGAUGCUGAGUGCGCCAACAGCACCCGCGGCGGCGACCUCCGCAAUGGUGACUAGGGCCCACCGGAGCUGCCCUGCCGAGCCCCCUCAGUCGCCAAGGCGCAGGAGCCCCCGCUUUGCCCUGACCCCGCAUGCAUCCCCUGGGCCCCCGCAGCCGGGCCCCCCCUCGCCCCCGCCCCAAUAAAGGUCCCUGCCGGAGGC